CAACCUCUCUGGGGGUGUCAAUAAAACAAAUAAAUUUAAAAAACGAGCUUUAUCUUUCUUGCAAAUGGUUCAUUGUGCGCAGACUCCGAGGCGAUCUUGGCUGAUGACGUCACGCUCGUCCAGGAGGAUGCGCGAGAAACUUCAGUGCGUGACAUGUUCCCCAUUCGCGUGCUGAGCGCACCACCUCCUCGGCAUGCGGAGGCUGGUGCUGCGGGAGGCCGCCAAGCGCUUCCCCUGGCUGGCCAACGUGACGCUCUACGGCGGCCUGUUCGCCGGAGGUGACCUGGCGCACCAGCUCCUGGCGCACAAGGAGCGACUGGACUGGACUCACACGCGCAACGUGGCCGUGGUGGCGGUCACCUUCCACGGCAACUUGAACUACUUCUGGAUGAGGGCGCUGGAGCGACGUUUUCCGGGCAAGUCGGCCGGGAUGCUCUUCCGAAAGCUGCUGCUGGACCAGAGCUUCGCCUCCCCGCUGGCCACCAGUGUCUUCUACACGGGGGUGAGCUUCCUGGAGGGAAAGGAGGACGUCCUUGAAGACUGGCGGGAGAAGUUUUUCAACACGUGGAAGACUGGACUCAUGUACUGGCCUUUCAUGCAGUUCCUGAACUUCGCCCUGCUGCCUCUGCACAUGCGCACCGCCUUCAUGGGCUGCUGCGCCUUCCUGUGGGCAACCUUCCUCUGCUUCUCCCGUCAGGACGGCGACGGCACAGCCGGCGUGGCGCUCGCCUUCAUCGUGGACCCCCGCAAGACACUGGAGGAGAUGCGCCAGGCCCGCCUGGACAGGAAGCAGGACCGCGGGACCCCCGAGGACAACUAGUCACGUGCUGCUGUUGAGUACCGAGAAGACCACCUGGCAACCGGGAGCACCUGUUGUGUCCAAGCCCUUGGCCGUAUACAGUGGGUCCAUAUGUAUGUGUACAUGCCAAUGCAACAGGUGGCGCUGUAGCCCCAGAACCAUAAAGCUCAACCAAUCAGAAGCAAUUGCAGAUCAGCCCUGUCGCUGCGGCUAAGAUGCUAAAGGCUAUGCAUUUAUCGUGUACUUUUGUGCCUUUAAGUGUUAUGUGUUUCACCUCUAGUACUAUAUUUAUUUCUCUAUGACGUAUCAAACCCAAAACAUGAAUAUAAUUGUAACAUUUGAAGAGGCACAUGAACAUUUAGAGCUCGGCGGUGCUGCUAUAACGUUUUUAAAAUGGAUAGAUGGGCCAGUUCAUUGACUGAUGAGGUAAAAAAUAUAUAUUUUUUACAAUGAAUAAAAUCAUAUUUAAUUGAACAAUUAUUGAAUAAAAUCUUAAAAUUAUUCAUUAGUCCUAUUUGUUAACUUAUCAUUUCAUUUAAAUUAAACGAUCAAAUACAAUAAUUAAAAAUGUUAAAUGUCUGUAAAAUUAUUUUUACAAAUAUUUUAUUUUAGUAUUUCAAAUACAUUAAAUAACCAGUUAUUUAAGAAAAUGUAUUAACUAGUGUUGUAUAUGUAAAAUUGUUUAUUUUAUUCACAUUUUUAUUUGAUCAUUUACUGUGUAUUAAUUAAACAAUUAUUUACUGUGAUAAAUGAAUAUGAAAUGAAUGAAAAGUGAAUAUAAUUUAAUCAGUUUUGUUUUUGUAAAAACAUGCAUUUUGUCUUUUUAAUAAUUUUUAAAAUUAAUUCCUUUGAUUAAAUAAUUAGUUAAUCACUUUCUUUUAAAUCAUACAAUGAUGAAAAUCUACAUACGUUCAAGAUAUUUUCUGUAAUAAAUAAUUGGUUAAUUAUAAAUAAUCCGAUUAUUAAUUAGAAUAAUUCAGGAUUUGUCAUUUAUUUUUCCUGUACAUAUUUUGGAGACACAUUUCAACAAUUUUUGUGAAUGACCUUGACCUUGAACGUGAGAACCUUGACCUCAAACGUUUGCCCAGCCAUGUUACGCCGUCCAAGGGAAGUAGGACAGCAGUAGUGACAGUGCUUUGGCAUUGUUUAUCCAAUACUUUGACUUUUAGUCUUCUCGGAAUAUGCAGCCCACACACUCCUGAAACUAAAUUGAAGGGCUCCAUUAUUUUACUUUGCCGCCAUUUCGUGCCUUCUCAUGUCGACACAUCUCGGUGUUUGCGUUGAAUAUAAUCCACUUUGGGUUUUCUACCUCGAAUGACUAACGCGGACGUCGCCGUCUAGGCGUCGAGACAAGACAGGUAUGUAGCUUGUGUUUUGGCAACAAAAUAAAAGGGUUUUCCUCACAAUGGAUGCCCAAAAGAGCCUCGCUAAGGGAUCUGGAAUUCUCAUUUUGAAGCUAUUAAAAUGACAAUGCUGUGUUAAUUCAUCACACAUACUGUACAUCCUGUCCUAACAUACUUUGAAAUCUACAAAGGUUGAAUGAAGGCAACAGGACUGUUUUUGUUGCCAUCAGCCAAGGUACCUUAUGUACUGUGCUGGAGCUCCCUACACAGUUCCUAUGUCCGUUUUAUUAUUAUUAUUAUUAUUAUUAAUACAGUAAGUGGAAUGAGUGUGUCAAGAAUGUCAAGUCUUUCUUAUGAUUAUGGGAAGAACUAUCCAUAUAAUGUUUUCUUGUCAAGAAAAAAUAAAAUAAAACACAG